GGCUAACAAUCACAUUCAAUAGAAUUGAGCUGUUGCCUCAAUAUUAAUUAAAAAAAGCAGCAGAUAUUAUACAGACAAUUCCAGUUGGCGCCGACUUGGACAAACAUGUUUGUUCGCAAGUCUGGAAUCCAUUUCUCUCACCACACCCAAUGAUAUGCUUCCUCAACAAGCGCGGAAUCGAUUUAAAAACUGGCUUUUACUACGCAUUCUUAAAGAUUUUUUGAAUUAUUGAAUUCAAUACUUUGAUUGUAUUGUUAUCUAACAAAUUUUAGUUAAAUAUAAUUUUAUCUUCAAUUUAGUUAGAUAAUAAAUUUAUUCUGUACCAGUAAAAAAUUACAUAACACUACCUGAAUUUUGUCAGUGACAGAUCCAUGGGGCCAGGGCCCAGCGGUGGUACCUCUUUUCCUUUCUUCUUUCCUUUCAUGAUCCGACAAAGUUUUGUUUUUGAGGGUUUGAAGAGUGGAAAGCAAGGGUUGAGGGUUGAAGCUCAGGGCACUCUACUCACCAAACAGCCGUCAACUACUCGCGGUUGGAAGGAGUUAUUGUCUUCAACAUCCGGUGGGUAGCACGUCUCAGUUGAGGAAUACUAAACCAGUCUACUGUUUACCCAGAUUGGAAGAUUUACAAUUCCCCUUGUUACGUAAAAUGAAGUCGCCUUCGGUAAUUGGGAAAGGAUUCAUUUUAUAUGAAAAGAAAGUCUCCCACUUGGGUAAUUGGGCAGUCGUAAAGUGUGGGGGCAGGUGGAGCGUGGAGAGUGAGCGGAGUGGAGCCUCUGCACAGUCUUGGUGGGCCCUCAUGGCCAUUCAACAUAGCCACAUCCACAGUCAGAACUGGAGCUUUGAUUGCUCGCAUAAAGCAUUGUAAGCAACUGCCGCGGAUCAUCCUGAGAUCCAUAAUUCCAUUUCAAUAGCAAUGCUCUGCUUCGCCCAAUGUACAUUGGCCCUCAUAUGUUUUCAGAAUUCUUUCUGUAAUUGGACUUUGGUUUCGCACACACGUUAGACAAUAAUGUGUAUGUGACCAGCAAGCAAAUAGCUUUGCUCUGAAGAAAGGCUUUAUGGUAGCCGAGUAAAGCUGCUUUUUUGUUGGGAUUUGAGGCAGAAUGUUUAAGGCAGCAAAGUCGAAGAGCAAGAGUAAAGUUGAGUGGAGAUUCCAGUUUCAAGCUACUCAAGUUCCACAAUCAGGAUGGGAGAAGAUGAUAGUCUCCCUCGUAUCAGUGGAGAGUGGCAAAAUUGCAGGUAAGACAGGAAGGGCGUCAUUUCAGAAGGGGAAUUGCGAAUGGGCAGACCCAAUUUAUGAAACAACAAAGCUAGAGGGAGAUGCGACAACUGGGAAAUAUGAGGACAAAUUCUACAACCUCGUACUAUCAACGGGGUCUUCUCAGUUGGGAAAUGCAAGUAUCAAUCUCACAGAUUACAUAGGAGCUAUAACUCCAGCGUCCAUUUCUCUACCUCUUAAAAGCUGCAUCAACGGGACUAUUUUACAUGUUACAAUUCAGCAGCUCACUGCAAAACCUGGACACAGAGAUAGUUAUAAGCGAAUGCAGCAUCAUAUCAUGACUGCUGAAUAUGCUGACGAGGAUGACCUCGAUGAUACAACUAUAUUUUCUGACGUGACAGCCAAUGGUCACGGCAGUGAAGAGAAAUCUGGUACAUCUUCAAAGCCACACUUGAAUUUUGAUUCUUGCAAGUUUGUAUCAAGACGUUCUGAAGCCAAUGGAAGCAGGAGAUACCCACAUGUUGAUGCCAUAUCAAUUUCAAGUUCAGGAAGCACUAAUACAGCAAAGCAGGAGGUUCCUGAUAUUCAUGAAAUUGGUUGGAAAGAAAAUGGAUUCCAUCAAGAUGCAGUGAGCUUUCUAUCUUCUCUCAGCCAAAAUGCCAAGGUUCAGAAGUUAGGAAACAAUACUGGCCAAUGGCUGGCACAUAGUGGACCACCAGAAAUAAAAAAUGGUCACGGUCAGAAUCCAAAUCAUUCCAUUGAAAAUGAUAAUGCAAAAAUUUCCAAAGAAAAUGAAAGGUUGAAAAAGAGUCUGCAAGAUUCUGAGUCAACUAUUGAGGAACACCAACAUGAAAUUUUGUCAUUGGGCGUACAAACAGAAGAACUAGCCAUGGAAAUGGAGACGCUGAAGAAACAACUUGCAAAGGAGGUUAAGCAGGGACAAGAGUUUGCAUUGGAAAUUUCCUCUCUCAAAAUAGAGCGAGACAGCAUCAAAUCAGAGUUUGAGCAACUGAAGGCUUUAGGAGUAGGCAGUGAAAAACAGAACAUUGUAGAUAAAACAUCAAAUGAAAUAGUUGAUGCAAGGUGUACAAUAGAGGAACUCAGACAAGAGUUAGGUUAUGAGAAACAGAUAAAUAUAAAUCUGGGUUUGCAAUUACAGAAAACACAAGAAUCAAAUUCUGAGCUUCUUCUAGCUGUUCAAGAUUUGGAAGAAUUGUUAGAGAAGAAAAAUAAAGAGAUUGAAGAUAUCUCUAACAAAACAUGUGAUAUUACAAUAUAUGGUCAAAAUAAUCAGGCAAGAACUUAUCAGGAUAUAGAGAUGGAAUGGCUACAAAAGUUAUCGUCUUCAGAGCAGAAAAUCAGAGAAAUAACUGACAAAAUUAUUCUGAAUGGCCAUAAUAUAUCCUUUGAUUCCUUACAAGAUGACAUGAAGAUCUUGAAGACAGCAUUCCAAGAGGCUAAACUAGGAAGCAACAUGAUUUAUAAACUGAAUAAUGAAAUAGAUAUUAUAAAUAAGAGAAAUAAUGAUCAUAACAUACAGUGUUCAUCUAGGAAGGGCUCUCCUCUUAAGAAUAAUGAAAGCAACCUAGAAGCAAAAGAGCAUUGUGUCAGAAAAUCACAUUUUUAUUCACAUGAGAAUGAGAGAUUACAAUAUAACCAGUCUUCUAUGCAAAGAACUGAAUCUGAUCUAGAUCAUUUACAUGAUAAGAUUUUACAGCUUGACAAAAUAUGUAUUGAACUGAAAAACAGAAACCAGGACCUAGAGGAGGAAAUUAGAAUAAGCAGGCUCAAUAUUGCUGACUUGGAGUUUCAGCUUUCAAUGGUUGAUGAAGAAGCCCAGGCAUUGACAGAAUCUAAUCAGCAUUUGGAAGCAAAAAUUGAAACUUUGGAAGCAGAAAACCUUGAGCUACAAAGUUGUCUUCUUGCAACCCAGGAAGCUGGAAAGCUGGCACGGGCACAAAUUGGGGACCUUAUGGAAGAAAUGUCAAUCAUUUCUGGUAAGACUGAAUCUGAAAGUGGAAUCAGAAAAAGCACAGACAGGCAAAUAUCUGAAGUGGAGGAAGAACAUGGAAGCAUUGGUAAUGCAUUACUUCACCUACAGAAGCAAAAUGGACAACUUCUCAGCAGAAUUUUCGAACUUGAGAACCAGCAAGAUGAAUCUCAGCAAAAUGAAAAACAAAAAGAUGAAGACUUCAAGAAAAUGGAGAGAAAACUUAGUCUUGAAUUAGAGAAAAAAGUCCUUGAACUUUCUAGUGAGGCUCAUGACUACAAAAUGGCACGAGAUUGUUUGGCAAAACAGAUGGAGCAGAUAGUGCAUGACUAUGAGGCACUAAAACAGGAGCAUGCGGAGUGUGGGCCAUCUGAAAAACAGCUUCAGAAAGAAUUGCAGAAUCUUAGAGACGAGCAAGCAGAUUCUCUAUCUAAAAUUAAUAUACUUGAAAAUAAGGUCAAAAGUUUACAGCAAGAAAUUGACAUACAUGCAACAAAAUGCACAGCAGAAUUUGAUGCAAUGUUGCAGUUGAAAAAUGAACAGGAGCAGAGGGCUAAGAUAGCAGAAGAAACACUCAGAAAGACUCGGUGGAAUAAUGCCACUGCAGCAGAGCAAAUUCAGGAAGAAUUCAAGAUGCUUUCAGAACAGUUAACAGCUACUUUUGAUGCCAACGAGAAAUUCUCAACACAAGCACUUGCAGAAGCUUCUGAAUUACGUCUACAGAAAAAAAAUUUGCAAGAAACACUAAAAAAGGCUGAAGAAGAUAUAAUGUCCAUCAGAGAGCAGUGCAGAGAGAAUAUUCAAGAAGUUACAACUCAGCUGGACCUAUUCAAGCAAGAGUGUGAAACACUAUCAUCAAAGCUACAAGAGACUUCAAUAGAGCUUGAGGAACAUAAGAAAAAUGAAGCAAAUUACAUCACUCAAACUGAACAGUUUUCCUUGAAACUUGCAACAUUACAAACAGAAGUUGAAGCCCUCAGGGAUGAAAACAGUGAGCUGACUCAAAAGGUACAGGAGUGUGACUGUCUGAAAGUUGACCUAGAAGAUGCUGAAAUAGAUUUAGAUGGUUGCAGAGCAGCAAAGACAGAACUAGAAAACAUUUUGGAAAGAACUAAUCAGGAGAAAAUCAAACUUGAUGAAGAGAUCAGGUCAUUGCAAGAAAAUUUAAGAAAUUCAGAGAUCGAGAUGAAUGAACUAAAACACAACAGAGAUGAUCAAGAAGUAAAAUUUGAAACUCUGAGUUCCAAGCUAAAGGAACAAGCUGCUCAAAUAUCAUCUAACAACAAAAAUGCUCAUCAGUUGGCACAACUUAGAAGGCAGUAUGUUGACCUUGAGCAAAGGUUUGCAAAGAAAGAGUCUGAGACAGAAGAGACAAGGAAACAGAUAUUCUAUUUGCAGGAAGAGCUUCAACAGAAGGCAGAUGCGUUAGCUAUAGUUGAGAGAAAGUAUAAGGACAAGGAAGACAAACUAAAGUUCUAUGCUGUAGGUAUCCCUGUGAAGACAGUUUCUAAAGUUAACAACAAAGGGGGACCACUUACUCGCAACGUAAAGGAGAUUUCAGAUUUGAUGAAUAAAGUGAAACUUCUUGAGAAUGAGGUUAUGUCAAAAACCUUAGCGCUUGAAGCUUCAAGGCAGGAAUAUAAUGCAAAGGAAAAAAGCCUACAGAUAAAAAUUGAGCAACUGGAAAUGAUUAGCCAACAUCUUAAGCCGAAUCAUGCAAGUUUCAUGGAUCAACUUCAGGAUCAGUUGAAAAGUUUAAAAAUUCAAAAUUUAGCGCUUCUACAAAGGGAAAAAGAGCUUCUAUGCAGGCUUGGCUCACAAGAAAAUCUUCAGAAAGAAGUGCAACAUUUACAGACAGUUAAUGCACAGCUUGAGAGCAUAAUCUCUAAGUAUAAAGAACCUUUAAACAGUGAAAAAGCUGAAGAAAGGAUUCUUGCUUUGGAGAAAGAGCUGGCAGAUGCUUUAGAUUUAAACAAGACUUGCAGAAAACAACUCCAAAGUGGUUUGAGAAAACAAGAGGAGCAGGAAGCAGCUUUGAAAAGACACAGUGACAUGAAUAAUGCGGUGGAUGACAUCGAGGCAUUGAAGAGAAAGAACUCCACCAUGGAGGAUGAACUGAAAGAGAUGCAUGACCGGUAUUCUCAGAUAAGUCUCAAGUUUGCAGAAGUUGAAGGGGAGCGACAAAAAUUAGUUAUGGCUAUCAGGAGCCUUAAGAAUGCCAAAAGAGUUUGAUCUUGCAACUACUUUUAUGCUCAUUGAAGCAAUGUCAACUUCCAUAAUGUUAUUAUAAAUGUUAAUAACAAUAUUCUACAUUAUUUCACCCUGUGGUUUUGAGAUGAUGCAAGGCAAAUCAUAGAUUGCCACAAAGCGAAUUUGUAUAAUUUCAUUCAUUCAUUCAUUUUUUCAAAUAAAUAGAUUAUCACGAUGGAAAUUGCUCAUA